AUGCCGAAAUGCACAGCAUUUUUUCCUUUUCAGCGCUACUUUUCUAACAUGAAAUACCACAAACCAAAUGGUCCUGUUUUUCUGAUGCUUGGCGGUGAGGCUCCUGAAAUUCCGGUUUGGGUCAGUUAUGAAAAGUUGCCUUGGGUGAUUUGGGCGAAGAAACAUAAUGCAGCCUUGUUCGACCUUGAACAUCGUUUCUACGGCGAAAGCAGACCGCUUCCGGAUCUAGCUACCAAGAACUUAAAAUAUCUCAGUAGUAAACAAGCGAUCGAGGAUGCGGCUUAUUUCAUACGUUACAUCAAUAAAAAGUCCAAUUAUGUGAAUCCGAAAUGGGUGGUUUUUGGUGGUUCAUACUCA